ACAACCUCGGAUCCUUUCCCCACACUCUACCGUGUCUCUCUCCGCGCCAUCACAUUCCAUUGUCAACCUGUGCAACCUUCAUCAUGAGGUUACGCUUGACCGUAAGGCGCCAUCGCCUCCCGGACACGCCCAUCAUCUGGGCCAUCGACACCAGUCCUAAUCCCACCAUCCACCAUCUUCUUGAGCAGGUAAACGAGGUAAUACCGAUCGAGUCCGAUGGCGAAUGGGGUCUGGAUGACUAUGCUGUCGAGGUAAAGGGCAACAACGGAGUCAAUUACGAAUGCCUUCACUUUCAGCAUUUGGCGAGUGUAAUCAAGGACGAAGAUGAAGUCAUAAUACGACCUCUUCUCACCCAGGACAUCAAGAUACGACGAGUCUCUGGACGCAUGCAAAUCUCGACCGAUGGUAAACAUCUUGUCGACGGCGUUGCCUGGGGCAGACCACUAUUGAGGAAAGCAGGGGAUCGACCUGCUAUCAAUAUACCACCACGAAAAAGGCAAAGAAUCGAACACAACAAAGACGAUGAAGAGCCCGAAUGGUUUCAGACUCUUAAGGAAAACGAAGCGGAAGACUCUGAGGAGGAUAAUAAUAAUAGGCAGCUCAUCUUACACGCUGAUUUUGAAGAUGAUGAUGAAGAGGAUGAUGAAGACUUCGCUCCUGGAGAAGACGAAGAUGCAGACGAGGACGGCGAAAGUGAAGAAGACUUUGAAGGAGACAACGAAAAGAAGGAAGCCGAAAAUGGGGAAGAACCUCCUGUCGACUCGCACGCAGAUGUAGAAGCCACCGACGAUUCUAAUGAACCUGCCCUUGCGGACGUAAGGGAUCAGGUAACUCGAGCGAAGAUCCGUAAGUUGCAUUCUGCCUUUCCUAAAUCGCCUCUGGCCGUGUGCAAGUACGUCUUCAACGGGUCGGAGGAUAUUGGAGAAGCCUAUGAAGCCAUGGCACGAGGCUUCGUCCCCGAGAAGCCAAAAAGUGUGGUUACUGAGAUCUCACAAGGAGUUAAUCAAGGCGAUUUGACGGUGCCCAAAACCUGGUCAAUGGCGAAGACCCUGUCUGUGCAUGAAUCGGAGAAUUUGGCGAGUAUGCAGGUCGAGCCAGACGAGAAUACACUUCUCGAUUAUUACGACCAGAAUGGACUUCCCCCGGGUUCUAUCAAGUCCGGCAAAGCCCUGUCGGUCAUGGCAGCGGCCCUGAAAAGCUCGCCUGCUCGACCACGUUCGGAAUCAAGGAGAUCAGCCUCAGUCACCAGCAAUAAGAGCGUCAGAUUUGCUUUGGAUGAAAAUUUCUCAAAAGGCCUCACCUCAACCCCAUUCAUAGACAAAGAGUCUCAAGUCGAGGGGGAAGAAAGCGAAGAAGAAAGCGACGAUGGGAGUUCAGAGUCCGAUGACGAAGAUGCUAGCAGCAGUGAGGAUAGUAGCGAUUCCUCCGACGAGGAGGCCGAGGGAGGAAAGGGUUCAGAUGGUGGAACGUCAUCCUCAGGAAGUGGCAGCGAGAGCAGCAGCGACUCAUCGAGUGAUGAUGAUGAAUCAGCGGAGGAGGCUUCCCCUUUCAGCAAGCAAGAGACUCUUAUCAAUGCUCCUGCUAAUCUCAAUACAACAUCUCCAUCUCAGGACAAUAAGUCGAAGAAAAUACCAAGCGCAGCUCCAGGACAAGGGUCAACCCAAACCCAUACGAGAAACCAGCGUAGGAGAAAUGCAGAUGCCUUAGACAGAUUUAAAAAGAAGGGGAUCCUUCCGGCUGGAACCACGAUAGCUGAUUUUAGGGGCUUGGGGAUAGACGAGACAACAUCGGCAGAGACCGCAUUGGCUGCAUUGGAGGCCGUUAGGGCUGCCAGGACCCUCCGACAAUCCAGUGAAAAAACGGACCAAUCCGUGAGCCAGGGGCUUGAAUUUGAACAUCGCAGACAAGAACUGCUCGCAUCUCUUGCAGCUGGUGGCGUUGGAGUUGAUCCCGAAUUCUCGAGAAAUGUCCAUCAAUCGCCACCUACUGAAUCCGGCCCUGAUGUUGAGAUGACAGGGGUUGAAGAAUCUGCUGGAGAAUCUCUAGAGUCUCAGCAUGCUGUCGAGACCCAACAAAGCGUCGAGUUGCACAGCAGUGCCGAGUUGCAGUGUGAGCAGAGCGUCGAACCGCGGCAGGUUGUCGAGUCACAGGCAGUUGUAUCACAGGAGGUUGCAAAUCCGGCUUCAAUCGCCGUCGAUCAAAUUGAGCACACUUCAACGCCUCCGCCAAAUAAUGGUGCAGAGGUUGAGAUGGCCAAACCCUCAACAGCUCCAGAAAUGGCAGCUGUCGAUACCCCUUCGGCCUCUCCGAAACCUCCACAGCCUUCUACAGAGUCGAGGCAGCCGAGCUCAUCACGACGAUCAAAGCUGGACCUAGGUGCAGGGAAACGACUUUUGUUUAGUGCGUUGGGGGUUAGGGCGCCGAAGACGAAAAAGGAUGAAGAGAAAGUUCGAAACAACCUCAUGAAAGGCGUUCGACCGCUGGUACCAAAGAAACCAACUGAGGAUCCACAACCAGAUCCCAUUGACGAAACGGCCGUCGAAGACCUCGACGAGUGGAGACAAAAGAUCAUCUACCGUGCUGUGGAGUGCAUUCAAGAUGCAGUUGAUCUGAGUGAACCACCUUUUCCAUUCGAACAGCGAUGGGAUCCUCAACAACGAGGCCAAUACAAAGGCGACCGGGGAGGAAAGCGGAAGAAGGAUCAACGAGACCAAGCUCAGUAUUACCAAGACGAUACUCGAGCCUCGAAGAAGCAAAAACGGCGGAAGGGCAAGCACAACUAUGCUGAAGAACAAGAAUAUCUCGAUGCUUCUUACGAACCAAGCUUUCGAGACGACACCACGACCUCGCAAUUCGACAAUCCCAUCCAAGCUAAGCGGCUUCAAAGCGAUGACGUUGAAGGGGAAAUCAGUCAGCAAUUGAUGAAUGACAUACAGACUCCAAUUGCUGAAUUCAGUCAAGGACCCGAAGACCUCGCACUUCUCCCAGAUGAUCCAUCCACUUUGCCAGAUCUCAAUGAUGGCCAGGCCAAAGUAGGCAUGACCAUUGCUUUCAAACAAUUGGAAAUGUCAGAAGCUACAAAGUGGCAGCCGCAAAUCUCGGCAUAUCGCACAACCAUUGUGAUCGCUAUCGCCGAGAGUGGCGAGCUCCAGCUUACUCUGGCUAUGAGGGACCGACAACAGCCAAACAAGCGCUACGAUCCUCAAACCGGGGAGAGGAUAUAUUCCAAUUUCGAAAUCCCUGAUGAUAAUGAAAUGGAUGAUGAAGACAACGAAGGGAUGCUUAAUCUUCUCUUCAACGAACUCAUCGAGCCUAAGAUUGUUCAGGAGCCACCUCCAAAUAUAGGCGGUGAUGUGGGGAUGGACGAAUCGUCUCAGGCAAAGGAGCUCACAGGUUUUGAUACAGUUACUUUGAGCCAUGAACAAAAACCUACCGGUGAUGCUGAGGAAGCUCAAUUCUCCCAUGUCACCGAGACUCCUUUGAACUCGGAUGCCCCCGAACCGCAUCAACCAGAGGAAAACAUGUUAGAUGCACCUGCUGAACCACAGACUCCAUCUGCAGAAAGUCAAUUAAGGGACAGCAUGGUAGAUGCACUUGCUGAACCCCUGAGCAAAAACACUCCUGCCAACGACUCCAUUGUUGAACCGGAUACGCCAUGGGCAGAACUACAGAAGAAUCACACUUCUGCUAUUGACAACUUGGCAGAGGAUAUUUCCGAAGAGGGUAGGCAAAAGUGGACUCACUUGAUGAGGGAGGAAGGAGGAUUUCACUCUAGCGUCCCAUCCUCGCUCACGAAACUCGUUCGACCUGAUGGUAUGAAGUCGCCUGAUGAAUUGAAGAAGUUAGCACAGGACAUGGACAUGAGUGAAACUCCCCUCGAGCGUCCAUAUUCUCCGAAGUUUAAUGGUCUCGGAUCCUCACCAACCAGAAAGCCACGAGGCACUUCGAGGUCUCCAGAAAAGGAUGAAUGUGAAGAUUCUCCUCCGGCACCUCCUCAAUCAAGUUGGGAAACCGUUGAUGAGCUUGCGAAUCCACCACCUCAGGUUACUGAACAGCCACAAGAGUCACAAUCUUCCCCUCUUACUUCCGCAGCCCUCAAGACCACGCAAACUGAAAGCGGAAAGAAGGCCCCAGCGAGGACACUACCACCAAGCAAAGGCCUACAAGCAUGGCAAGCACUUAAACUGCGAAAGAGAAGUCCGACCCCCGCCUCAGACGUGGAAAACUCUAAGACUUUCCCCGGUCCAGGCUUGAGCCUCGGCCUAGAUGGUGCUGAUGAGCGAGAGUCGAUACCAAGCGUGAGAUAUCCGGGUUUAUCUGUGGGCUCCUCCUUCACCAGCCAGGUUGCAGAUCACGGCCGACAGCCGGACUUUGACUUUGAGGACACUUUCAAUUUGAGUGCAGAUAAAUCGAAAGCAGGUGGUCUUGAUUUUGACAAAUUAUCACACGAUCCUCAGCCAGACGUAGAGUCGGAAGCAGCUCGUUCUGCCACUCCAAAAGAGGUCACCAAUUCCAGUUCCGUAGAAAUCGACAUGUCUGAUGUUGACGAACCUGAGCAGCCACCGAGGGAAUCGGACAAUGAAUACAAAGCUCCUCAAUGGAACUGCCCUGAAAUCCUCGAGGAUGAUCCUUCAUCCGAUGAGUCAGUCUUGCCUACAAUCGAAGAGAUAGCAUCUUCUCAGAAGGCAAUAAAGCGCGAGACGGCGACACCUACGAAAAGCUUAAAGGACGCUAGACACAAGAAAGCCAUGGAAGCCCUCGACGAUGACGUUUUCGAAGAUUAUCAAACUACACUAAACCAGAAACAAAGAUCAUUUUCCGCAAAUCGGCCGUCCAAGGGUAGGAAUUCGGAGAAGCCUGCGUACCAGCCGCGAGCCUCGAUCCCUCGAGCUUCUCAACCCCGUCCCUCUCAAAGCCAGCCUCAAGCAUCACAAAUCGUCGAUCUGACAAUGUCCAGCGAUAUUGAAGCUGAACCCGAAUCUGAACCGGAGAAGACUGUUCGACGCCCUUCCAAGAGAUACGAUGAUGGGGAUGAUGAUUCGUAUGAGGAUGAUGAUCCAAAGACAGGGUGGAUACCGAAGAAGCACAGCAAUGUUCGGGGGGCUGAGACCAGGAGACAUACGAGCGUUGGAUUGAGACCUUCCUCUCAGGCAUCUCUCAACACACAGAAUAGAAGAAAGACGAGUGCUAGGUGAUGUGUUUUGGUGAAGUUCGAGUUGUCCGUAGUCGUUUUUACUGUUUGACAAUGAAGAUACCAUAUGGACGGACGAUGGCGUUCCGAGUGGGAUAGAUAAAUGGCUUGGUUUGCAUUGAGCACACUCAAAUUUUGCAGUAUUGUUGAAAGGGCAGUCCUGUCCAUUAUUCUAAUUCGAGAACGAUUCUGCAAUUUGCCAAUCUUCAAGCUUUCUGAUAAUUUCAUCCUGAGGCUGUUGAGUGGUCAGCUUACUCUCCGCAUCUCUUAGCAAUGACUUUCGAUACGACUUUGGGGAGAAAUGAAAGUUUAAUACAACUCCUUUUCUAAGAACACAAUCAAGGAGGCGCCGUUCAUUCAGUAUCGAACCGUUUAACCACCAUUGUAAG